AUGCGAAAGACAAAAUUGAACGCAAACUCUCUCAAACAUUCAACAACGAACCAAAAAAUAACUCAAUAUGAAGAAAAAAAUAGACAACACCAUUGUCAUCACCAAAACAACAACAACCUCUUAAUAUAACUAUAGCAAUCAAAUUCAUUAACAAUGCUGGAUGCAAUUAAUCCUCCUACAUCGCCUUACUCGGUAGAUAUUGAUAUGAUUGAUGAUUCAGGUGCUGCAACACCUAUUUUAUCAUCUCAAGCUGAUGAUAUUAUUCUUCCAUCAGAAGAUCCAGAAUCGCCAACUAAUCCAAAUGCUACUGGUACUUCAUCAUCUACUACCACUAAUACUGCUACUAACAAGAUAAAUGCAGGUGGUGCCACCACAACCUCGACGACAAAAUCUUCAUCUUCAUCAUCUUCAUCUGGUGGUGGAGUUAUUGGAGAUUCGGAAUCAUCAGCACAGAAGAGACAUAAACCAGGUCCAACAGCAGGUAAAAGACCGAGUGCAGAAACAUUACAACGUCGUAAAGAAGGACGAAUUAAAGCUGCAGCAACUUUGGCACAAAAUUUGGCUAAAACUGGGAUUGGAAGAUUUGAAAAUGAAAAUGGUUUCAAUUUAACUAGUAUUAAACCAAUUCUGGUGAUUAAUCAAAAAAAUUAUUUUACUGAUUAUUUGAAAAAAGAUGAACAAGUUAGUUUUAUUAGAAAUUGGCGUCAAGAAAGGGCAUUACAACAAAAAAUGAAAAAACUCAAACAACAACAACAACAAAAUAAUCAACAAAACAAUCAACAACAAUUAGAUAAUGGAGAGAAAAAAGAGACUAAGAAUUUUGAUGAUUUUAAUUUGAAUGAUAUUGAACUUGAAAUGAAAAAAGAAAUGGCUGUUAGUGGUGGAACCACAACCACUGGUGCUGGAAAUGAUGAUGAUGAAGAAGUUGAUGAUGAAGAAAAUGAAACAGAAGAAGUUCGACAAGAAAAGGCGAAAAUUGGAGAAGAUGUGAUAGUUUUACAACCAGGAUCAAGAUAUAUUAGAAUUGGCAAAGCUACUGAUGCGGUACCAUUAGUUAUUCCUAAUGUGAUUGCCGUUAAGAAAAACCUCACCAAUAUCGUCAACCCGCAUGGCGAUGAUAGCGGAAUCAAAUAUCCAAAAAGAAAAUUAAAACAACCUAAACCUAGUAGUAGUACUAAUAAGCAUGACCAAGAUGAUGAAAAUGAAGAAGAAUUAGAGUAUUAUAUCGAUGAAGAAUUUGAUGAACAAAAAGCAAUUGUCACAAAAGAUUUCCGAGCUAGAAUGAGGUAUUAUAAACGAAGAAUAUUACCUAAUUCACGAGAAACAGUGAUUAAUUUUAAUAAACGGCAAGUAUCGGAGAAAAUUGAGGAUCAUAAUGAUCCCAAUAAAAAGGAAUGGAUUAAUCCUGACAAACAAACAAAUAAACGGUUUUUUGUUGGAGAAGAUGCAUUGAAUUUGGCAACAAAAAACCCCAAUCAAGUAAAUACAAGUAAAGAUGGCGAAUCACAAUGGAUUUUAAGAUAUCCAAUGAUUAAUGGUAAUUUCAAUGAAAAUUCCUAUUAUUAUGAAUCAAGAGAAGAGAUCUUGGGGGAUAUUUGUAAUAUUAUAUUUGAUGCUCUUAAUCAAUUGGAGAUCACUACUGAUGUUAAUAAAUAUAAAGUGAUGUUAUUAAUUCCUGAUUUAUAUGAUAAAGCAUAUGUUGAAACUUGGUGUCAAUUAUUAUUAAAAUUUAUCGGGUUUGGGAAAGUUGGAAUAAUUCAAGAAUCAAUAGCGACAACAUUUGGAGCCACAAUGUCGACGGCCUGUGUUGUUGAUGUUGGAGCACAGACGACAAAAAUCAGUUGUGUUGAUGAAGGAAUGAUUAUUAGUGAUUCAAGGGUUUUAUUAAAUUAUGGUGGAGAUAACAUAACAGAGACAUUUGUUAAAUUAUUAAUUGAGGAUCAAUUCCCUUAUAGAGACAUUAAUUUAAUUAAUGCUAUAGAUUGGGAAUUGGCGCAAAAUCUAAAAGAAAAAUAUAUUACUUUCCAAGAUGCUGAUAUUGCUAUACAAUUAUAUGAAUUUUAUAAACGCAAGCCAUUUGAAUCCACAGAAAAAUUCACAUUUAAAAUAUUUGAUGAAGUUAUGUUAGCUCCCAUGGGAUUAUUUUUCCCUAAAUUAUUUCAAAUCACUGGCAAUAAACAUCCAUCAAUACCAAAUUAUUAUACACUGAAGAACCCUACAAAAUCAACGGUGGAAAAUUUGUUUAGUAAAUCAUUGGAUCAAUAUAAUAACAAACCAAAUAAUCCCAAGAGUAAAUCACAAGAUCAAUUAAAACUGAAAAAUCAAUUAAAUUAUUGUGAUUUAACUGAUGAAGAGUUAUUACUAAAAUUGAUCAAUCAAAAUGAUAAUGAAAAUGACACAACAGAAAAAGAUGACGAACAUCAACAUCAAAGUCAAGUGAAUGGUACUAGUACCACCACAACUAGCAAAACAAAAAACAAUGAGGAUCAAUUAUUGUCUUCUAACUUUGAUGGUGAAGAUGAACGAUUAGUUGAAGUACCAUUAGAAAAGGCAAUUAUUGAAUCAAUUACUAAUGCUGGAUUAUCAAGUGAUUUAACAAAAUUGAAAAAAUUUUAUGAUAAUAUAAUAAUAGUUGGUGGAGGUUUAAGUAAAAUUAAUGGGUAUGAUUUAAUUUUAAAUGAUCGAUUAAAUAUUUGGCGACCAAGAAUUUUAUCAACUUCAGCAAUUGAUUUAAUAAUUAAAUAUUUAAAUGAAGAAAUUAAAAAGAAUUUAUUGAAAAAAGAGAAUUUAAUUGAAAUUGAACAAGAAAGGAUUAAACAAGAGAUGGAAUCAACAAUGAGCGGUGACAACAACAACUCCACCACCAACAACAAUAAUAACCAAGAAGAAACAACUGCACAAAACAAUAACAUAAAUGUUAGUGAGAUUGAAGUACCAGAAGAUAUAAUGGAAAGAAUCAAUAAUGAAACAGAAUUGAAACUAGAUUUAGAUUAUAUUGAAGAAUUAAUUGAAGAAAAUGGUCAAUUCUUAUCAAUGAAUAUUGUUCCAACACCUAGGGAAUUUGAUCCAUCAAUGAUUAAUUGGAAAGGUGGUAGUGUUUAUUCAAGAUUAAAAGUUGUUAAUGAAAUGUGGAUUACUCAAAAUGAUUGGGAUUUAUUGGGUAGUCGAAGUUUAUAUUAUAAAAGUAUUUUCAACUACUAA